CCAGGUUCAGAUAAACGUUAACAACCCACCAUGAAACCCAUACUUAGUAACCGCCCUGUUGACAUUUUCAUUUAUUCCUUUAGAAAGUUAAAUACACAUCUGUUGCUGAAAGGUAUUUGGAUUUUCAUUUGACCCAGGCUCAAAAAUCUGCCACGUCCUCUCGACACCCCUGAUGGGUGCAACUCUGUUUUUUUAUUUUACCGUCAAAUUGUGAGUUUGACUGAUGUAUGGACAUUUGUAUGCAACUUUAUGAAUGUCGGAGAGCAGUGUCACUCUGGUUGACUGGAAUCAUGAAUGAAUAUUGGUAUACAUGUGUUUCACUGGAAGCUGUUUGUCAUUCCUUCUAUCUUUGUUUUUUUCUGUCCUUGAAAGAAAAUGUCUAAUGUUUCUCAUUUUCACUAUCAUUGUAUCCGUCUAUGCACAUAUUUACAUGUUGAAGCAAUAACUCAAACUGUCGUGACAAAUGUGCACUGCGUUCAGUAAAGAAUUUCCCAGUUCAAAUAAGUUUUUGUAUUUUUUCAGAUAUACAUAAAUGCAAAAUUACAUAUGGGGGCUUAAUGUAUAAAUAUUAGCCCUAAUUAACAUGGCUUUUCUUACAUACAUGCCCCUGAAACAAUUAAUAUUUUAACCCUUUACUUAAGAUAAACAUGAUCUAUCUUUACAUGCUUUAACUGUGGAGGUGCCGCCUGUCUGUCAGAUCAGCUGAUCGCCUCAGCACACGGACCAAAACAGCUAACGCUAGCUAACGGUAGCCGGUGGUUAAAGUUAUGAAAGGACAUGGCGAUUUAACACCGUAUGACAAGGUAGGAUGUUGCCCGGAAACACGUUUGAGAGGACCGUGUCUUAACUGUGUAUGGCAGAGAUAACACCGCGUUUGUUUAGCAGAGAUCGCUGCCUUGUUUAUUUAGCUAGUUAUCGUUUAGCCGUUGUUGCUAACCUGCGUCAGUGGCAGAAGCUAACAGGCUAACUCACCUAAAUAUGCAGGUAUCGUUAGCUACAGUUAGCCAGCUAUUAUUAGCCACAUUAGCCUGCUACCAAGAGUGCUUUUGUGACUAUGCGCUAGGUGUAAAACUACGGUUGUGUUUGCGCGUUUAAACGGUAAUGUAAUAAACGUUAUGAAUCAUUACUUCCGUUCAAGGUUCGGUAGUUGUCUGGCCCAGUGUGUUAGCUUCGUGUAAGCUAGCAUAACGUUUGAAUAAAACGUCAGCGUUGACACUGUCAGGUUCAGAGAGCUGAAAUGUUUAUCGUCCUUUCAUGAAGCUUGCCAACGGUUACUGUGUCAGCACCUGUGAUUUAAAUGCGCCUCUGAAUCAAAUACAAGAUCCUGGCCUUGGUAAGGAACUGAGAGCAUCUGGCCACCAACCAGAUUGAAAGCUUUAAGUGGAGAAUAACUAUGUCUUAUCUCUGAGAAUGGGAGGAAGUGGAUCCAAAGCCAAAGGUGUCUGGCCUUUCUCAGGCAGUGGAGCUGGAGGGGAUACAGGCAGUGAUGGGAACGAGCAGUCUCUGGCCCGUCUCAAAGGUUCCAGAAAUGCCACACCAUUUGUUUUUACCAGGAGGAGUUCUUUGUACUAUGACGAGGACGGUGACCUUGCCCAUGAAUUCUAUGAAGAGACGGUGGUGACAAAAAAUGGCAGAAAAAAGUCCAAGUUGAAGAGGAUCCAGAAAAAUCUGAUUCCACAGGGUAUUGUGAAGCUUGACCACCCCUGUAUACAUGUAGAUUUUCCCGUCGUCCUCUGUGAGGUGUGAAAAGUUGCACAGGACUGAUCUACUAUGAAGUACAGCCACAGGUACUCUUCCCGGAGCAAAGUCUUGUCCCAGUGUCCAUGCAUUACAGUCAAGACUGGAGCUGUGGUCUGGAGAGAAAAAGGAAAAUUAAAGCUGUCAUAUUACACUGAUUCAUUGAAUGAAAUGUUAUACAUUUGAAUUCAACUAUGGUCAGAGGAUGCGCUGUUCACACAAAUCCAUAUUUUGAUAUUCACAAAAGUAGUGUUGGUACAGGUUGUGUGUCCACUACCCAGCUGAUAUGUAAGCAGUCGUAGAGAAUACAUCGAAUGAAGCUGUAUUUCUCUUGUGAGUUUUUUUGCAGGGAAAAACAUCCUUGAUGUGAAAAGGCUUUAACAGUUUAUGCCUUCUGUGAGACGUAGAGUGAAACUGUAUGUGUCUUUGUGUGUGUGUACAUGUGUGCACUUAGGUUUGUCUGAGUGAGUGUCUGUGAGAGGGGGACUGAAGAUGUAGUGACAGGGUAGAAUAAUGAAGGAUUGUGAAAUUUAUUGUAUAUAUGGUCAUGUUCUGUAUUGUCAUGUCUGAGUCUGUCUCAGUUAUCGGAGCUCAGACCUGCACUAGUGAACAUAAUGUACUGUAAAUACUAUCAGAUUUCUUAGUUGGAAAUACUUGAAUAAAUGGUUUACUGAGCUGAA